AUGGAUUAUGCCUUUAUUUGCAUGGACUAUAAUGGUGAGUGGAAGAUUGUAGAUAAAGGCAUUUGGGAAUGGUUUGGUACUGGUUGCAACAAGGGAUUUUUGGUUGAUAGAAGCAUAAAGUUUCAUCAAUUAGUGGAUAAAGUCUACAAAAAAAUAGGUGUUGAUCGAAAUUUGUAUGAAAUUGAAAUUACUCAUAAGUUAGUUAGUGAAACAUUUAGUAAGAUGGCAUCAAGUCAGAAUAAAGAUAAAGGAAAGACACAUCUUGUCAGUGAUGGUGAUGAUGAUGAGUUUGGUUGUGAUGAUAGUGGAAGCUUUUAUGAUAACUAUUUUGGUUGUCAUAUAAUUGAACAAGUUUUAAAUGAAGAUAUAGUGCAGAAUAAUGGAGACAUCAUUGAUUCAAAUCCAACACAAGAUGAUAUAGUACACGUGGGAGGUGACAAUGUACUCGAGGAAUGUGAUAAAUUAGUUGAAGAAAAUAACAAUGUAAUCGAAGGAGGUCACAAUGUAGUCGAGAGCGGCCAGAUCAUCCCUUAUCAAAAAUUUUAUAUUGGAGAAUUUACCAGAGAAGCAAGUCAAAAUAGUGGGAGACACGAUGGAUCUGAUUUAAAUGUGGGUCGACACUUUGCAAGUAAGGAUGAAUUGAGUUAUUAUCUUAGUUUCAUUGCCAUUAAUGGGAGAUUUGAAAUGAGAACAAUAAAAUCAAACAAGUCAUUGAAGGAAGUUCGUUGUAUUAGUGAAAAUUGCUUAUGGCGAGUACGUGCUACAAAGAUGAAAGAUUCAGAAUUCUUUGUCAUUCGACAAUACCAUGGUCUUCACAUUUGCUCAUUGAUGAAUCGAAAUGUCAAUCAUAGACAAGCAUCCAGUCGUGUUAUUGGUGCUCGUGUCCAGGGACACUUCAAGAACAGUAAGAAUCCACUCAACCCUAGAAGCCUCGCGGGAUUCAUGCGCGAGGAAUUGAAAGUUCAAGUCAGUUAUUGGAAGGCUUGGAAAGGAAAACAAUGGGCUCAAAAUUUGAUCAGAGGAACAGCAAAAGAAAAAUUUUCCUUGCUCCCUUCGUAUUGUCAUAUUUUGAAGCAGGUAAAUCUAGGUUCAGUUACCCACAUUGAACUUGAUUCAGAAAAUAUGUUCAAGUACUUUUUUAUGGCAUUGGGAGUGGCUAUAAGAGGGUUCACCUACAUGAGGAAAGUAAUUGGUAUAGAUGCGGCUUGGAUCAAAACUAAGCAUAAGGGUGUGUUAUUAGUAGCAACAACACAAUAUAGUGAAUAUCAUACUUACCCCAUUGCAUGGGGUUUGGUUGAUAGUGAGAAUAACGCUUCAUGGACAUGGUUCUUAGAGAAGUUGAAGGAGUUGAUACUUGAUAGCUCAGACUUGUGUUUUAUUUCUGAUAGACAUCAAAGUAUUGAACAUGCAAUGCGUCAUGUUUAUGUUAUGGCUUCUCAUGGGGCAUACUAUUGGCACGUAAAGCAGAAUAUAAAACAUCGUUUCAAAAGCGCUGCUUCGACUAAAUUGUACAAGAAAGCUGCAAUUGCAUACCAUAUCAAAGAGUUUAAUAAACAUUUUGACCAUAUUCGCAAAAUAUAUCCACGUGUUGCUAAGUAUCUUGAGAAUGAUGUCAAGUUCAAAAAGUCGUCGAGAGCACAUUUUUGUGGUAAUCGGUAUGAAUUUAUGACCACUAACAUAGUUGAGACUGUGAAUAAUUUGAUGCGAAAGGCAAGAGAGUAUUCAAUUAUUUCUAUGAUCGAUUUUAUCAUAAGCACCAUGGGACAGUGGUUCCUUUCUCGCCGUCGAGAAGCAUAUGCUGUGACAACUCCAUUGACACCGAAGAGAGAGGAAACCUUAAGAAAAAGAUGGGAUGAAGUUGGUUCAUUGAUAACACUCCAAUUAAAUGAGAAUGAGUACAAUGUAAUGUGUGGAGAAUUCGAUGCAAUAGUGAAUUUAAGGUCAAAAAGUUGUACGUGCAAAAUUUUUGAUAUCGAGAAGCUUCCAUGUGUUCAUGCCAUAGCAGUAGCAGGAAAGUCCCAACCUCAAAAUACUGGGGAACUUAUAUAUUCGAUGUGUUCAAAAUUCUACACUUCGGAAUAUUGGUUGUUAGCAUAUGCUGAAACGAUAUAUCAUGUUCCUCCAAACUCACAAUGGACCAACAUUCUUGAAGAUGUUACUGCAAUACAAGUGAUAGCACCACCUGAAGACAAGACUAAAGGGCGACCAAAAAUCAACUGCAUACCUUCCCAAGGUGAAGUUUCUAAGAGACAAUAUAAUUGUGGGGCAUGUGGGCAAUCAUGA